GGGGGGGGGAGGAGGAAGGAAAAUUGAAGUCCCCCUUUUUUUUUUUUUUUUUUUAGUCCAAGAAACUAACUUAUUCUCCACAAUUCCUUUCUUGCUAUACUCGAACAUGUUGAAUACUUUAUGUGGCUCUAGUCGUUCGUCUAUUCUUCGACGUACAAGUAAUUUACUUUCAAAUCAAAUCCGUUUAUCAUCAACAGCUAAUCAUUCAUCAUCGGGAGGUGACACCCGUCUUGAAGUUAUUCGUCGUAUUUUAUUUGAGCCUCCAGUUAGACAAAAGUCAAUUAUAUUAGAAGGAGAAAAGUUAGAACAACAUGAAACGAUUGAACGUGCUUGGAAACUUUUUAAAAUGCGUUCAAGAGAGCAACGCGAGCGUACACUUGAACGUCAAUUUAGAGCAAUGCAAGCUGCUAUGAAUGAAUUAGAGAAAACAAGUGAACGAUUAUUUAAGGGUGCUAUUGCCAAAAGUCGACAUUUGAAUUAUCCUAAACAAGCCAAGAUUCCUACAGAAACACCUUCUGCACAAGGAUGGGAUUAUUCAUAUAAAGCGCCUAACAUUAGUUAAUUAUGAAUUGUAAACAUUAUCAUUUAUUACAUGGUGUAUGUCUGUGUGUGUUUUAUAUAUAUAGUAUAUCAAUAUCAAUUAUUCUAAAAAAAAAAAAAAAAAAAAAAA